AUGUAUACACAAGCGCAAUAUAAUGCGUUGUACCGUAGCAUGAUGUAUACACAAGCGCAAUAUAAUGCGUUGUGCCGUAGCGUGAUGUAUACACAAGCGCAACAUAAUGCGUUGUGCCGUAGCGUGAUGUAUGCACAAGCGCAACAGGAUGCGUUGUGCCGUAGCGUGAUGUAUGCACAAGCGCAACAGGAUGCGUUGUGCCGUAGCGUGAUGUAUGCACAAGCGCAACAGGAUGCGUUGUGCCGUAGCGUGAUGUAUGCACAAGCGCAACAGGAUGCGUUGUGCCGUAGCGUGAUGUAUACACAAGCGCAACAGGAUGCGUUGUGCCGUAGCGUGAUGUAUGCACAAGCGCAACAGGAUGCGUUGUGCCGUAGCGUGAUGUAUGCACAAGCGCAACAGGAUGCGUUGUGCCGUAGCGUGAUGUAUGCACAAGCGCAAUAUGAUGCGUUGUACCGUAGCAUGAUGUAUACACAAGCGCAAUAUAAUGCGUUGUGCCGUAGCGUGAUGUAUGCACAAGCGCAACAGGAUGCGUUGUGCCGUAGCGUGAUGUAUGCACAAGCGCAAUAUGAUGCGUUGUGCCGUAGCGUGAUGUAUACACAAGCGCAACAGGAUGCGUUGUGCCGUAGCGUGAUGUAUGCACAAGCGCAAUAUGAUGCGUUGUGCCGUAGCGUGAUGUAUGCACAAGCGCAACAGGAUGCGUUGUGCCGUAGCGUGAUGUAUGCACAAGCGCAACAGGAUGCGUUGUGCCGUAGCGUGAUGUAUGCACAAGCGCAAUAUGAUGCGUUGUGCCGUAGCGUGAUAUGCACAAGCGCAAUAUGA